AAUCUCUAGAUCUGCUGUAAUUUACUUUCUUUUUUGCUUCUGGAUUGUGGGGUUUCAUUGAUGGUUCAGUUAAGUACAUUGCGUUGUUAUGCUGUUUGGGUGCUGAGAAUAUCUGGUUGUGAAGAUGGUUGCACAAAAUUUCACCGUUGAUUUGGAUAAACCCCUUGUCUUCCAGGUUGGUCACCUUGGAGAGAGUUAUCAGGAGUGGAUUCACCAGCCUAUUGUGAGCACGGAAGGUCCGAGGUUCUUCGAGAGUGAUUUUUGGGAGUCCCUGACUCGUACUGUCUGGUGGGCAAUUCCAACCAUAUGGCUGCCUGUUGUAUGCUGGUUCAUCUCAAUGUCUAUACGUAUGGGGCAUACAUUUCCCCAAAUUGCUUUGAUGGUUUCUUUUGGCAUUUUUAUGUGGACAUUAGUGGAAUACAUUUUGCAUCGAUUCCUUUUCCACAUUGAAACAAAGAGUUAUUGGGGAAACACCAUACACUAUCUUCUUCACGGCUGCCACCACAAGCACCCUAUGGAUGGCCUACGGCUUGUUUUUCCACCUGCUGCAGCUGCUAUAUUAUGCAUUCCGUUUUGGCACCUGAUUAAGCUUUUCACCACUCCAUCCACUACGCCUGGUUUGUUCGGAGGCGGUUUGCUUGGGUAUGUUAUGUAUGAUGUUACCCAUUACUACCUACACCAUGGUCAGCCCACCAAACAAGUUCCUAAAAGCCUCAAGAAAUAUCACUUGAAUCAUCACUUUAGGAUUCAAAAUAAGGGGUUUGGGAUCACGUCGGCGUUUUGGGACCGAAUUUUCGGAACCCUUCCUCAAACUAAGGCAGCAGAGAAAGGUAGAUAAUUUAGCAGGCUAGUUUCAUAGCAAAACAUUGAUUGGUAUUGAACAUUAUUUACUUGUGCUUGUAUUUUAUUUUUGGAGUAUUUUCAAUCCACACAUGGAGGAGUUUGUGUAUAUGAAUUUUCAAUUGUUUACUUCUUAGUUCUCCAACAAUUUGAAAUCCCAAUUAUUUUGUAG